CUGAACCUAUAUUGCUGGAGGAGGUGAUAUGAGCUCUCAUUCUGAAGACUGACUUCACUCCACUCCACUUCACUCCACUUCACUCCACAGACAGAGCGUUUCAACUUCCACCACUGUCAGGGUAAGUUCAUCAUCUGUUUACAGCACACAUUUGCUAGGGUUCAUUUUUGCAUUAGAACGGACGACGGCGACUGAUGUUUUUUAGUGUCAUGCCUAGCUACGGUCGCAUUUAACUUUUAUUGUCUAAUUACGAACGGCAAUCACAUACACCUUAAAUGCAUGUUUUACAGUUCUGGCCAGUGUACAGUUCUACAGUUCCAUGUGUAUUUUACAAAAUGAGAUGUACACUACAUAAAAAACUAAUUGUGAUAUUCAGUAACUGAAAUAAGCCAAUAAUGAUCCUUGUCCUUUCCUAGUCCACUGCAGAUAAAUCACGGAUUACAUUUUUCUGUAAUAAAGAAUAUAAAAAUCAAUUUGGUUAGUGUGACAUCAGAUACAAGUUAUUUGUCAAAAUUGUUAAGAGCAGACAUGAAAGUGAUUAGUUUACCUUUUCCCAGCAAGAAAACCUAACAAAUAUAUAUAUAUUUUUUUAGGAAAGAUGACCGAUGUAUAUGAUACCACCGAUGCAUCUGAUACCACCGACUACUAUUCUGAUGGGUUCACCUCUGACCUGGGUGACAUGGAUGGCUUCAUGUGCAACAAAGACUGGGUGCGUGAAUUCCGAGGAUACUACGAGCCCCUCCUGUACUGGAUGAUCUUUCCGCUGGGCAUGGUUGGUAACCUUCUGGUGGUGUGGAUAUAUACAACUGUCCACAACCGCAUGAAAACCAUGACCGACAUGUACCUGCUCAACCUGGCUGUGGCCGACCUGCUCUUCCUGGUCACGCUGCCCUUCUGGGCCAUCGACGCCCAGAGUGGCUGGAUCUUCCCCGAGGGCUUGUGCAAGGUGGUGUCAGCCCUCUACAAGAUCAACUUCUUCGCCAGCAUGCUCCUGCUCACCUGCAUCAGCGUGGACCGUUACGUGGCCAUAGUCCGAGUCACCGAGGCUCACAACCAGAGCAAGAGGACCAGGCUGCUGCAGAGCAAGCUGGCCUGCCUGGCCGUGUGGCUGGCCUCUUUCAUCCUGGCCAUGCCCGAGUUAAUCUUCGCCGAGGUGAAGACAAAAACUUGGGGCUCGUUCUGCACCCUGGUGUACUGGCACGAUGAUCAAAACCGCACCAAAGUGCUGGUGCUGUCGCUGCAGAUCUGCAUGGGUUUCUGCCUCCCGCUGCUGGUCAUGGCUUGCUGCUACUCCGUCAUCAUCCAGAAACUGCUCCAGGCGCGCAGCUUUGAGAAGCACAAGGCCCUGCGCGUCAUCUUCGCUGUGGUGGCGGUGUUUAUCCUCUCCCAGCUGCCGUACAACGCGCACCUGGUGGUGGAGGCGGGGCAAGCCACCAACGCCUCUAUGACCGACUGCAACCAACUGAUUAAUUUUGACGUGAUUGGCCAGGUGGUGAAGAGCCUGGCCUAUAUUCACUGCUGCCUCAAUCCUUUCGUCUAUGCGUUCAUUGGCGUGCGCUUCCGGAAAGAUCUCCUCAAGCUCCUGCACAAGGUCACCUGCAGGACACUGAUGGGACCAAAGGUCCCCCCCAAACGGCCCUCAGUCAUGUCCGACACAGACACCACCCCAGCCCUGUCUCUCUAAUCUCACCUUGGACUCAUGUUCAGUCAUGUCCGACACAGACACCAGCCCAGCCCUGUCCCUCUAACCUCAUCUGGGACUCAUGUUCAGAGCAGCUUCAUGUUCAGAGUAGGUCAAUGUUCAGAGAGGCUCCUUGUUGCCAAAGCCUCCACUUACCUCCAGUCAUCCCACAACCCUCUUAGAGAGCAUAGAAGGACAGUUCUAAUCAGUAGGCUAUGGCAGCUUUCUACUGUCUGUUGUUAGAUCCUGCGCUGGCCCAUGGGUCAGUUUCAGACAUGCGUAUUUGAUGACAAUGACCUCAGACUGGGAUGUUUUCCAUGUUUUCUAGUAGUUUCAGACUAAAAAUCUGAAAGGGGAGAGUAAUUAGCAUUAGCUAGCCUAGAGCGGAUUCUAUGCUAUCACCUGUAGACAUUUACCAGUAUGUCACAGAAAACGUUUUUGUACAGAUAUGGAUUGUUUUCUGUUCUUUUAUCUGGAAGGGUUCUCUUUUGUCUAUUUUUAUAACUGUCACUAAGAUUGUACAUACAUGUGAAUGUGUGUCAUCAUGUGUCUCUGUAAAUAAACAUUUGUUCAGUUUUG